AUGAAGCUUCUGGUGACUGCGUGCCGCUUGCUGUGUCUCCUGGCUCUGUCGGCUGCAGAGUCCUCCAUCCACGACGAGGAGCACCGAAUGCGUCUUCAGCUCCAGCAGCCAGACGGAGACCUCUUCCCCUGCGGAUGUGACACAACUGAUGCCAGCCAGACCUCGUCCAAUGACACCCCGGCUCCGGAGAGAGCCGUGUGCCACCCCUGCAAGACCCUGGCGAGUGAUGAAGAAGAGCUGGUGGCCGCGUUGGAGCAAGAAGUAGAAGAAGCACAUCCAACUGAGGACGAUUCUUCUGUUGAGGAAGUUGCAAGUGAAGAAAGGAGCCUGGAGGAGAUUGCAGAGGAGCAUGAAGAGGCGACUGGUGCUGAAAGCCAGGAGAAGGAAGUACCUGAAGAGAUCGUUGUUGCUGAGGCAGAAGAGAGGACAUAUGACGAAGAGGACCAGGAAGCACUAGAAGAAUCAUCUCAAACAGAGGAGGAAGACAUUAGUCACGACACUGCAGCUGAUGAAGAAGAAGUUAAGGAUGAAGGUGCAGAGGAGGAUGAAAUGGUGCCUGAACCAGAUUUGACAGAAGACCCCAAACCAGAGUCACAGGAGCUACUGGAGGAUCAAGUGACAGAACAACCUGAAGCAGAAGCAGAGCAAGAAGUCGCAUUAGAGCCUGAGCUGAUUACUGAGACUGACCCAGAACCAGAAAUCAGCCAUCAGGUGAACCAGGAACCUUCUCUGGAAGGCACUGAGGAUGAUGCAGUGGAUGAAACCACAGAGGACACACCGGAGUCUGAACAGGGUUCUGACCAGGAGGUGAAGCUGGAGGAGGUUCCUGCAGAGGAGCCAGCACAGCUUCAGGCUAAAGAGGAUGAGGCCGUCGGGCCGGGCCUGAGGGACCGCUCCCACAUUGAGGAGAUGCUGCGACUGGCGACAGCUGAACCUUCAGCAGAGUUCUCUGGCGCCAUAAAGAGACUGUUAAACAUCUACCAUAAGUCCAUCAAGCCAAUGGAACAAGUCUUUAAGUACAACGAGCUCAGGCAACAUGAAGUUACAGAUGGUGAGAUCACCUCAAAGCCAAUGGUUCUGUUUCUUGGACCCUGGAGCGUUGGAAAGUCCUCGAUGAUCAACUACCUUUUGGGUCUCCAUGGCACAUCCCAGGAACUUUACACAGGUGCUGAGCCCACCACAUCUGAGUACACGGUCAUCAUGCACGGGGAGAGAUUUCGGACCAUAGAGGGCAUUGUGAUGGCAGCAGACAGUUCCAGGUCCUUUUCUCCACUGGAGAAGUUCGGUCAGGGCUUCCUGGAGCGACUGGUCGGCAUUGAGAUGCCCCACAAGUUACUGGAGAGGGUCACCUUUGUUGACACACCAGGCAUCAUUGAAAACCGCAAGCAGCAGGAGAGAGGUUACCCGUACAACGACGUGUGCCAGUGGUUCAUCGACAGAGCCGACCUCAUCUUCCUGGUGUUCGACCCCACCAAGCUGGACGUGGGGGGCGAGCUGGAGAUGCUCUUCCGCCAGAUGAAGGGCCGCGAGUCCCAGAUUCGCCUCAUCCUCAACAAGGCCGACAGCCUCUCCACGCAGGACCUGAUGAGGGUCUACGGGGCGCUCUUCUGGAGCAUGGCGCCGCUCGUCAAUGUCACAGAGCCACCUCGCGUGUAUGUCAGCUCCUUCUGGCCGCAGGACUAUGCUCCGGACACCAGCCGAGAGCUCUUCAUGAAGGAGGAAAUCUCCCUGCUGGAGGAUCUCAACCAGGUGGUUGAGAAUCAGAUAGAAAACAAAAUCGCCUUCAUCCGCCAGCACGCCAUCCGAGUACGCAUCCACGCUCUGCUGGUCGACCGCUACCUUCAGACCUACCACGACAAGCUGGGCUGGUUCGGAGACCCCUACGAGGUUUUCCAAGACAUCGUGAACGACCCCGAUAAGUACUACAUCUUCAAGUCCAUUUUGGCCAAGAGCAACGUCAGCAAGUUCGACCUGCCCGACAAGGAGGCUUACCAGGACUUCUUUGGGGUCAACCCCAUUUCCAACUUCAAGCAACUCUCCCAGCACUGCAGCUGGACUGACGGAUGUCUGCUGGAGAAGAUCGAGAAGGCCAUCUCGCACGAGCUUCCGGCUCUGCUCAGCAGCGUCACCAAAAGCUCAGAGGCACCCACCCCAGCAACGGCUGCCCCAGCAAACCCGCCGCCUCUCCCCGGUACGUGCGAAGGUCCGGAGUGUGAGGAGAAACCCAAAAAUCGCUGGAGGAAGCAGUGAGAUGGAAGGGAAGAGGACCGGAGGCAGCCAAGAGAGAGAUGAGGGAGACGGCAGCCAGAGAGUUUCCUGAAAAUAAUGUCCACUGGUGUGGAUUCCAGGAAUAGCUCCAGGAAGACUGGAAAUGUGCAGAAAACCAGAUGCAGAAUGGACUUCAGGAUAUUUUGUGUUACUACUUAAAUGGAAAGAAUUUUUGCCGUACAUGUUCUGUUAGUUGUAUUUGAAAGCAGAGGAAAAAACAAUACAGGGCCCUCUACAUUUAUCGGGACCCUUUAUAAAGAUGUGUAAAAAUCCCCUAAAUCAAUUGUGUAUUCCUCUGCCAUACAUUUAUACAGUUCAUUUCAUUUACCUUACCUUUGAAUUUAAAUGCAAGUGGGGAAGAAACAUCUGCUCUUUUUUUCACCAAAUCAUUGGUGCCACACUUAUUUGCACCCCUACUUCUCUCAUAAUAGUUUGCUAGUUUUAAGCAUACAGACCAUAUUUUAGAGCAUUCCUCUUCACACAUACUCAGUGGAUCAUCCAGAGUCUCUACUCUUCAGCUCCCCCACCUGGGCAUCUAUAGGAUUGACAUCUCAGGAAGUGAGACGCCCAUGAAGGAAGGUUGAGUUAGUUACUCGCGAGCCAUUUCUGCACUCAUUUGGCCAAAUUUUUCUGCUCAUUUUUCAUUUGAAAAAAACCCCUAUGACGAUCCAGUUUCAGCAUUCUGGCAGAGAUCCACAAAUUGUUUUGGGAAAUCUUUCAGUGUCUAAAACAGUUCACAAUGCUGUGCACUCUAACUAGAUUUUCAGACUACUUAGGAGAGAUACAAACCCAACACACAUCACAGAACCUCCGCCAUGCCUGACAGUGAGAAUAAGGUGCUUUUCUAAGAAUGAAUUCAAAAGGCCUCUGCAUACAUGAUUGUUAGGACAGAAAAGGCUUCUUCCUGUCAUGCUUCCCAAAUAGCAUUUGGCAUUUAGACAGUCGUCCAGGGCCAGCAGGUGAAUUACCUCCUCAAUGCUUCACUAACUGUUUUUUAUUGGAAGUUUAGGGAAUCCUGAUGGGUGUGGCACCAGUGAUAUUUUUUUUAAAAUCUUAAUAGAAGGUUUUUUAUACAAACCUUCAAACAGCCUUUUACCAGAGGUGCCAAGAACUGCUAUAUUUUGAUAUCGCUGGUGCAGAAUUUGAUUUGUUUGGCAUUAAGCAAAUAACUUCACUUCUUGUGGUGAUUAAAUUGUUCCUUAAAUUCCUCUCUGCAACAGUUUUACUUUUCAAACGUUGUUCAAUGUCUAGAGCAUAAAUAUGCUUCAAGCUUUAUGUUUUAGAAAACAUAUUUUUCAGUUUCUUGUUUAUGAUCCUCGUUCUUUUAUUUGUUUUAAUCAGAGGAGUCAUCACACUGCUCCUGGGAUAGAAAAGGAGAGCUGACCUUGUAAUAUUUUAUAUUUGCAGAUCUGAACUGCUGUGAUUGAGACAAACAGCAGAGUUUUGUGACAACUUGUUCUAAUAAAACGAGGAGGGAAGGGUUCGCACUCUGUUUCCAGUUGUAUUUUGCACAGUAACUUCCCUCUGAACCAUGUUUUGCUCCGAUACAUAUACUUUACUUUAUUUUUAACAUGUCCUGAGAAGGUUAGGAUAACUGAAAGAAAUAAAUGUGCUACAAUUUACUAGGAUUUUUCCCCAAAAAACUUUGAACUGUUGUUUAGUUUCACCUCAAUUCUGCUGUGCACCAUACUGGCAUUUUCCAUUAAAAUACGCUCUGUCGGCUCUCUGUUGGGUCCUUACUCAGUGAUUACUCUGUUUAAUAUUGUCCUUGUUUUGUGUGAUAAAUUGUCAGUAAAUAACCAGGAUGCAAAAAAAAAAAACAAAAACAGCAGCACUGUUCCCUUUGUGAAGUCCCUUUGACUAAACCCUAAUGGUCUGGUAUCAAAAAAUACCUGAACAUGUUGGGUGAUGUGGCGCUUAUUGAACUAGAAAUGAUUUCAUUGUUAUCAAUUUGCCUUACGAAAUGUUUUAUUAAAAUAUAAUGUGAAAAUUA